AUGAACAUUUAUAAUAAUAGGUCAAUACCACCGAUACAAGACAUAGCUAUAGACAUAAUGGGAGAAAAUCGGAGAGGAUUUUUGCAUACGCCCACUACCGAGGAACUCGAAGAAGAAAACAUAAUAACACCUAAUCGAGAACAUUUUAUGACACAGCAACCAGAAUUUCAGCUGGGAAAAGGUAGACGUCUAUCCAAGAGUAGAGGAGAAUUUCAAAGAGGAACGUCGGUCAAUUUUGGAAGUGGAUCGGCGAAAACUCUGAAUCAAUGUAAGAUAUUGGUGCAUAACAAUAGAAGCAUACACUUAGAACGCGAACUUCUUCUAGAAGAGGCUGUCACGAAUUCACAGCAGCGACUGCAAGAUAAGUUGGUAGAGAUGACCAAGGCAGUAAAAGAACAAAUUGACAAUUGCGACGCCGGCAAGAACAUCCUUAAUAUCGAAUUAACGAAGAAGCGCAAAAAAAUCAAAACCGGUGAGAGUGUGGAGCACGCGAAAACUGGUGAUGAAAGCAACGAAGAAAGGAAGGACAAAAAAAAGGAAGUUGAGGAUACCAUGGUGGCUGCUAAUGGAGAGAUUAGAUGGAAAAAAAGAGCUUCGGAAUUGACGAAUGAAGUUGAGAUGCUUAAGCGACGGUUAUGUGUGGUUGAGCUAGAACUUGAAGCCGCGAAACUAAACGUUGCACCUAACAAACGAAGAAAAACGAAGGUAGCGCAACGAAUUAAGGAAGAGGUGGAGCAAGGUACGAGUGUAUCGACGACAACUUUGAACGCGAAGCAAUCCGGUAAAGUUACGACCGCUAAAAGGGGUUCUAAACGACAUAUUGAACCCGACUGUCAAAUAUUCGAAAAAAUUCAAGGAACCAACGACGAAGUAUGGAAGUCGUUUGAUAUCCAUCAAGCCAUAUCAUUCUUGCAACAAAUCAAGCUAUUAAUUCAGGCGAAUAGCAUGUUCACGCCAGCAAUGGGAACUUUAAAUGCAGUGUUGAAAGAUUCACCUUUCCAACACGGUAUCGUGAUCAAACAAGCGAUUGUCAAGAUUAUUGGUUUUAUGAGCGCGAAGCUGACAGAUGUGCUACACGUGAUCGAGAAUGCCACCGUUGAUUCAAAGGCAAGGCAAUCUUAUCCAUCUUUAUUUCUUGAGUCGCCAAUACUUUCCAUAUCGGAAAAGUCGGAGAUCAUGGAAACUCUUGCGAAUUCAUUUGCAUCUUUAAUCAAAGCGAUACAUGUCCUAAGCAAACGGAUGAUUAGGGAUUUGUUUCAAGAGAGCACCGAUUCUGUCGAUAAUACCACCACUGCAUAUAACGAUCCACGAAAUGUUAUAUCUGAAUUGUUAAUUCACGUAUGCAACGUAGAGCCAAGGUUAAAAGAGGCAGUAUCAUUCGUGGCAGCCAAAGAAUGCCUGAGACUGGUGUUCGAAGAAUUCGAAGAGAACAGGUUGAUGCCCUCACAAGAUGGCAGUUCGCCGCAUGGUGAAAUUGUACCGUUUAUGACAACAAAAAUUUCGCUUUCAUGUGAGGAGGUCAAUAACGAGACACUGUCGAAAAUUGAUAAAGAGGUCAAAG